AUGGCGCACAAAACUGAAAAGGAAGAGACGGAGUUCAGGGUUGUACCUGAAACGAUGUCACUUUGUGUCAAAUGUGGUGUUGCAGGAAAUUCCGCCACAAAUAAUUUAUGCCAAAAGUGUUUCAACACCACGACAACUGCUUCAUCCUCAGCCACCGACGCUUCUUCAGUGGUUGCCACAUCGGGAGGUGGAGCUCAGCAAAGAACUUUUUUAUUUGACGAGAAAUCUUGCAGUUCUAGCUCCGUUUUCAGGUUUUCUCUGGUUAGGGAUGUAGAGGAGAGGAGUGAAGAUCCGAAGAAAUCGGAUUUAACGGAUGGCCUGGUAGUGAAGAGGCAGGUAAGUCGGUGCUCCGGUUGCCAAAGGAAGGUAGGAUUGACCGGAUUCCGAUGCCGUUGCGGUGAACUUUUCUGCGCCGAGCAUCGGUACUCCGACCGGCACGAUUGUAGCUACGACUACAAGGCUGCCGGACGAGAGGCCAUCGCGAAGGAAAAUCCGUUGGUAAAAGCAGCCAAAAUUGUCAAGAUCUGA